ACAUGCCUUCCUUCCAUAUUCAUAAUAAUACCCAACCUGUCCUUACCAAACAAAACUUCCUCUUCUGCUCAAUCUAUUUCCUCAAUCUUCUCUUUUCACAAAAAUAUCCCACGCUAAAAAAUGGUUGAUGUCGACCGGAGAAUCACCGGUCUCAACCCGGCUCACAUAGCUGGCUUACGCCGUUUAUCAGCCCGUGCAGCUGCCCCUUCCCCUUCUAAUUCUCUUCCUGCACGCAACAGUCUUCUUUCCUUCUCUUCUUUGGCUGAUAAAGUUAUCACCCAUUUAAAAAACUCCGGAAUCCCUGUUCAGCCCGGUCUAUCUGACGCCGAGUUUGCACGAGCCGAAGCCGAGUUUGGCUUCGUUUUUCCUCCUGACCUCCGCGCCGUACUCUCCUCUGGCUUGCCUCUGGGUCCUGGAUUCCCUGACUGGCGCGCUGCCGGAUCGGCGCGGUUCCACCUCCGCGCGUUGCUUGAUCUUCCGAUCGCUGCUAUUUGUUUCCAAAUUGCUCGUAAUGCACUUUGGUCUAAAUCUUGGGGUGCACGGCCCGCUGACCCGGAGAAGGCUUUGCGGGUCGCGAGAAAUGCGCUCAAAAGAGCUCCACUGUUGAUACCCAUUUUCAACCAUCGCUACAUUCCUUGUAACCCUUCUUUAGCUGGUAACCCGAUAUUUUUCGUCGAUGAGAAUCGGAUUUUUUGUUGCGGUUUCGAUCUAUCUGAUUUUUUCGAACGUGAGUCGUUGUUUCGGAGUUCCGAGACCGACGCACAGAUUCUUCAAAAGCAGAGAACGGUUAGUGAAAAGACAGCUGGAUCAUCUUCAAAUUUUUCACGGAGAAGCUUGGAUACGGGUCCCGGGUCUCGGACUCCCAGAUGGGUCGAGUUCUGGAGUGAUGCAGCUAUUGAUCGACGCCGUAGAAACUCCUCGUCGUCGUCUUCUUGUUCGUCGCCGGAGAGAUUUUUUGAAAUGCCCAGAUCCGAAAUACCAAAGUGGGUUGAGGAUUACAUUAACCAGAUCGGGUCGGUCCUAAGGGAAGGCGGGUGGAGCGAGUCCGAUAUUGUGGAUAUAGUAAACGUUUCAGCUUCAGGUUUUUUCGAAGGAGAAAUGGUUCUAUUAGACAAUCAAUCGGUUUUGGAUGCUUUGCUUUUGAAAGCGGAUCGGUUUUCAGAUUCGCUCCGAAAAUCCGGUUGGACCUCCGAGGAGGUUUCAGAUGCUUUCGGGUUUGAUUUUCGACCGGAAAAGGAAAGAAAACAAACAAAGAAGCUGUCGCCUGAACUGGUAGAAAGAAUUGGGAAACUGGCUGAGUCAGUUUGCCGGUCAUAGUACGGAAUGAAGAGAUUAUUUUUCUAUUUUUGUUUUAUAAUUUUAAGGUGUCGGGGUUUGUUAUAAUUUUUUUUCUUUUUGGAGUAAAAAAUAGAAAUUGGAAAUAUCGGGGGAAACGCUAUGUUGUUGUACUAUGAAACAAAGGGGGCUAAAAUUACAUAAUUAUUCAUAUAUAUAUAAAUAUAAAUAUAAAUAAUUUUAUUAAAUAAAAAAAUGUUACGUGUA